AUGUCUACUACUACAGCUGAGAUGGCCCCUGCCGGCCGUAAGCUCGAGAAGAAGCCCGUCAAGUUUAGCAAUCUGCUGCUUGGUGCAGGAUUGAAUAUGUUCGAGGUCACCACUUUGGGACAGCCGCUGGAAGUGAUCAAGACGACCAUGGCCGCCAAUCGAGGCGACAGUUUCGCCAGCGCUAUGGGUCGGAUAUGGGGUCGUGGCGGGAUCCUCGGUUAUUAUCAAGGUCUCAUUCCGUGGGCCUGGAUUGAGGCCUCCACCAAAGGCGCUGUCCUCCUUUUCGUCGCGUCCGAGGCAGAAUUCCGUGCCAAGGUGCUCGGCGCGCCAGACUUCCUCGCUGGUAUCUCAGGAGGUAUGGCGGGUGGUAUUGCCCAGGCAUAUGCCACUAUGGGCUUCUGCACCUGUAUGAAGACGGUCGAGAUUACCAAGCACAAGAUGGCUGCCCAGGGUGUAAAGCCUCCAAGCACCUUCGCGACAUUCAUGGACAUCUACCGCAAGGAAGGCAUCCGUGGUAUCAACCGCGGUGUGAAUGCGGUCGCUAUCCGUCAAACUACGAACUGGGGCUCUCGUUUCGGUCUUUCUCGUCUCGCAGAAUCAGCAAUUCGCAAGGUGACCAACAAGGAUGAAGGACAAAAACUGAGUGCGAUGGAGAAGGUCUUAGCCUCCGGCCUCGGUGGUGGUCUCUCUGCUUGGAACCAGCCUAUUGAAGUCAUUCGCGUGGAGAUGCAGAGUAAGAAGGACGACCCCAACCGGCCUAAGAACUUGACCGUUGGCAAAACCUUCAAGUACAUCUACGAGACCAACGGUCUUAAGGGUCUUUACCGUGGAGUUACUCCCCGUAUAGGCCUAGGAAUCUGGCAGACAGUCUGCAUGGUGGCUCUUGGUGACAUGGCCAAGGAAGCAGUCGAAAAACUGACGGGCGAUCAAGUCACCGCUAAGCACUAG